UUUAUAUUAAUAUAGUUAAAAAGAAAUGAAUAAUUCAGUGCAACUAUUUGAAAAAGUACUUUCUUUGGUUACUAAGCCAAUACCAAAAAUUACUCAUCAUAAAGAUGUUCUUGUUAAAGUUUUAUUUUCUGGUAUAUGUGGCACAGACCUAAAUAUUAUAGCAGGUGAAUUUCCAGCAUCUAAUAAUGCGUUAACAUUAGGUCACGAGUUUUGUGGGAUUGUUCAAAGUAUUGGAGAAGAAGUAUCUGCUGUAAAGGUUGGUGAUAAAAUUGUUGUGAAUCCUUACAGCCAAUGUAAUAUUUGUUAUUAUUGUAUAAGACGUCAACCAAACUACUGCAUUAAUGGAGGAAUUGAAACAAGUGUUGGUUUUGGGAAAAAUGGUGGUUGGGCAAACUAUUGCAAAGUACCAGAAGCUUUGGUUCAUAAAAUACCUGUUACAAUGACACUUCAAAAGGCUGUUUUUAUAGAACCUUUUUCCUGCAUCAUGAGAGGGUGGUCAAAUCUCGGAGAAAUUAAAGCUGAUGAUAAAAUUCUUGUUUGUGGAGCUGGCAUUAUUGGAAUGUUGUGGUCUUCUUUGCUGCAUUUUAAGGGACAUCGUGAUGUGGCUGUUUCUGAGUUGUCAGAAAAAAAAAGGUUAAAAAUGCUUGAACUUAAUUUGGGUUUUAAAGUAGUACAUCCUGACAAUCUAGAUAGCCUUCACAAAGAAUCACAAAGAAGUAAAAACAACCAAUGGGGCUUUGAUGUUAUAAUUGAUUGUACAGGAGCACCAGGAGCCAUUGAACAGUCAUUUAAAUGGCUCCGACAUGGUUCAACUUUAUUAUUGUUUGGGUGUUGUCCUAAGAAAUCAGCAAUUUCUUUAAGUCCUUUUGAUAUUUACAAGAAAGAAUUAAAAAUUGUGGGUUCAUAUGCCAAUCCAUUUACUUUCCCUGAAGCUAUUGCUAUUGUACGAGAUAUGGAAAAAUAUUUAGACUAUGAGAAACUUGGGGUCAAAACGUAUGACUUACAGAAUUAUUUGGUUGCUUUGGAAGACUUGAAAAAGGGAGAUGUUUCAAAAGCAGUGUUUGACGCACAUGAGUCUGCAGAACUUUUAUAGUAAUAUUGUAUAUUUUUCUUAUCACAAACUAUUUUAUAUGCAAUACUUCUUAAAUCUUGUUAAAA